GUAGCUUCGUGCUAACCGCGCUCCAUGUCGAUUCGACCGUGAAAUUCGAUAAACAUCCCCUACGGUCGAAACUGUGUAUGUACACGGCAUAGUGAUGUCAGGAAGAAGUGUCACUGUGUGAAUGAUUUCAUGUCUUAACGUAGUCGUGCCAUCCAUAUCAAAAAUAAUCCCAGGAGUUCAAAGCGUUAAGUUUCUGUCGUAAUAAUGAUAAACGAAAUGGAUAAUAUUUCUCAUUUUAAAUAUCUUGCACAAUAUGAUUGUGUCCUUUGUGGGAGGUGUGUUGGGCAACUUCAUGUUAUACCAUCCAUAUGGAGUGCAUCGAGCGUAUGGGCAGUUUGAACAAAUGCUAAUUAAUGGAAUUAAUUGAAAACCUUGCGGUAUUGUGACGCAAAAAAUAAGAUUUGGGUUCAUUCACUAGUGUCUGCGUUUGUAAUACAACUGUUGCUGUGUCAAGCUGAGGGAACUGCAUAGCGAAUGUCGAACCAAAGUAUAUCGAAAUUAAAAAUGGAGAACACACACUGUGUAGGCAAUACUUUCCGUGCCUCAAAGAUUCUAAUCGACAGAGACAGACUUUGGAAGAACACUAUAUAUGUUAACCCACGAAUUUUGAAAACAUCAGGAGCUUUAAUGCAUCAUAAAGUGGGUAUUGCAAGUGUUCCACUUGGAUACACAGGAAACUGCUCAAGUUCUGAUGCCAGCAAACAUAAUAAAUAUUAUAAUAUCCAGAGUGUUCAGCAAAAAGUUACUCAGUCUUCUGAAGGUAGUGGAUCAUUUCCUGCUGCUAGUAAAUGUGUGUAUCUGAACCCACAUUUUCAGAGAACUGCUACUAGUGUUCAUAUUAAUCCAAAAAAGUUUUCUCAUGUUGUGGAACGCUCGAAUCAUUUAUUGGUAAAUACGCAGCCUGACAGUACUAAGCAAGAAAGCAAAGUCACUGAAAUCUCAAAGCCAAAUUUGUCUGUGUCUGGGGAGAGAAGUCUUGUUUCAAACACACAUAAUACGAAAUCUAGUUUUCACAGUAGUACCUACCCCAUAGGCAGCAAUAAUCAUUGCACUUUAGCAGCACAAAAUAAAAAAUGGAAUAGGUGUAGUGCUGACAAGAUACAAAGUUCAAAACAAGUGGAAAACUGUUCGCUAAUGAAAAAGAUUUCUCACAACAAACUGGUCAGAGUAAGUGAUACAAAACUUGUGCGAAUACCAGACAAAACUAAAUCAUGGUGUGUAAACAGAGCACUGCAAAAGGCUUUAAUCCACAAACAGUAUCAAACACUUGAGAAAAAUUCAGAAAUACAAGAUGGCAGAAUUAUCAAAAAGAAGUCAGAAAAGCAAAAGAAGUCUUCCUAUGCCCAGAUGCAUUUCUCAGUGAACUCUCCUCCAGCUUCGAAUAGACCAGAAAAAUAUGGACUUAGUCAAAAACUUUUACCAACAGUUGUGUGUAAAGGUAAACCAGAUUUACCUACAAGCCCGUCCUGUGCUGCUUCAAAAUACAAAAUAGACAGGCGGCUUGCUAAAUCCAGACUGUUGAGAAAUUACAAGAAAGUUUCAUGCAGAUAUGAAUAUGGUGGGCAUAAGUUUCAGAGAAAGAACAUAUCGCCAAAAGGUUGUGUGUUUCCAGUAUUGUACAGAGGUCGUAAUUCUUCAACAAGGAAUUCAAAAUUUAAUGAUGGAAAGAAGAUUGUCAUAUCUUCAAGAAAACUGUUAAGAAUAGGAUCUACCAUGAAGUCGAAGGAGUCAGCAAGAAAGAAAGGUGAAUCUUCAGAUUCAACCAGGCUUAUAAGAAUAGGGGGUGUUCUGUAUAAAACCUCUCGCACCAGACUGACAAGAAGUAGAACCCAGAUAACAAGUUCAAAGCAACUAGUUGUGAAACGUCAUAAGACAGAUAAAUCACGAACAAUUUACAUUAGAGGAAACAAGUUUAUUAUGGAUGCAAAGGGAAAAACAUUGAGGCAAGUUCCUCAGAAUACGAAUAAUAAUUGUCCAAAAGAUGGAAAACCUUUGCCAUUGAAGAGAGUUUACAUUGGUGGAGUAACGUUUGUGCAAAAAUCAUCCAGCCUUUUGGUGAGAACAAAUACACAUACAGCAAGGAGUAUUGUGAACCAUGCCAAAAAUAAAAGCAUUGCAAUGCUUACUAACAAACUGAGAAAAAUUAAUCAACCUUGUGCGUUUUAUCGUCGAUUCGGUAAAUGUCCAAGAAAAGACAAAGGAAUGUGUCAACUUGUCCAUGAUCCAAAACAGAUUGCUGUUUGUAAGAGGUUUCUUCAGGGAGAAUGUAGCAUAGACAACUGCCCCCUGUCACAUCAGAUUGUCCCAGAAAAAAUGCCAACAUGCAAAUAUUUUUUAGAAGGGUGUUGCACUCGUGAAAAUUGUCCAUACCUACAUGUUAAACUUAAUUCCAAAGCAGUUAUAUGUGAGAGUUUUCUGCAAGGUUAUUGUGCAGAAGGAUCAAAGUGCAAGAAGAGGCAUUCUUAUGUAUGCCCAGAGUAUGAGAAGCAUGGAACCUGUAAAAAAGGUAAGUACUGCCCCUACCCCCACAACACAGGUUCAAAGUUAAACAAGAAAACUGUUUCAAACCAAGCUAAACAGGUGAAGACUGAUCACACACCUGGAGAUCCGACCAGGAAGAGAUAUUACCAAGAAGAAAAAACUGAAAAUAAAGACUCAUCUGUAACUGAAGAAGAAAAUUUGAAAAAGUCAGAGAUAAGUCCACAUAAAGAAGCAGAGGGUAGUCACCGUGAUUUGAAAGAAUCUGGACCUGACAAAGAUGAGCCAGCAUUGAAGAGACCAAGAAUAGGACGUCUGCCAUCAUUCAUUGCUCUUAGCCAUUAGUGCUUACAAAGAAUGGACUUGUCGGAACCAUUGGGUUCCUGACAUGAAUCAACUAUCAGUGAUUUGACAGUGAUGAUUAUGGUUGAUUGUCGUAAACAUUUGCAUAAAAAUUUGUGUGAAAACUGUGUGUAUGAUUACUAUAUUUUACUAUAAAUCAAUAAAUAUUUUAUUACAUUUUCUGAA